CCCUGACCUCCUCUCCAUGUGAAGAACAUGGAGAGGCACAAACCUUGCAAUUAAAACCCAAACUACUAGAAAGCUAAUACUUUAAGAUGUAAAGAGGGGAGAAUGUGAUUAGUUUUCUUAUCUCAAAAGGGUAGGCUCCUCAAGAGCAAAAAAAUCUAUGAACUUGCACAAAUGUGCACAUUGGUCACGAACUUGCAAAGCUGAGAAAACAUGUGUCGAACCUGCCAGACUGUCUGAGGGGAUUACCAGCCUUAGAGAAGUUCAACAUAACAAAGCAAAACAAAAUAAAAGAGCGUACCUACUACUCUAUGAUCAACACCAAACAAGGGAUCAUCUUCUCAACCAACUUCCAUCAGCUAACACCGUCUUAGUCCACUUGAGUGGUUCGGCAUAUAUAGCAAGAUGUGGAUCUUAGAGAGCAACAACACCGUGACCGCCUCUGUUUUACCGGCAACCGGAUCUUCCAUUGCUGGCUUUGUGAAGAACAUGGUAAGGAGAGGCACAAACUUUGUGAUUAAAAUUUAGAAAGUUUUUUUUUUUUGAGGGAGUGCCAUCAUGGCAGUUUUUAUUUGAUAUCAAAUAAGGAUAUAUUGUUCAAUAAGGGAUAGAAUGGAGGAAGGCGUAUUAUUCAUCCACAAGCUCGAAGGAUUAACUCCGUUUGAGCGAAAGUUAAUAUGAGAUAGAGGGAGUAAUACUUAAGAUGUAAAGAAAAAAAAGGAAGAUGCAAUUAAUCGUCUUAUCUCAAAGGAAUGCAUACAUUAGCUGCAUUUGGAAUUAAUUGUUGUGGCCGGCUUAGUGGAACAAGUAAAAUCUCCACAACUAACUUGAUUCCAUCGUGAGGACAUCAAAGGUCAGAAACCGCCAAUAAUAAGUCUUUGGUAGAGAGUUUUGGGCCUUGCACUAGGGCUUUCUACAGGAUUUUGCCCAGGACCUGCCUCGGCCCUUGAUUGUGGGUGCAUAGGCUUUAACACGAUGCACACAAAUAAACUUGAAUGGAUUUCUUCAAAUGCAUAAAUAUGUAAAGCAUAAACUCAGGCGCCCACUAUUGCACUGCACAUUUGCGUUUCCUUAUUUCGUUGAAGAUCACAAAAGGUACAGUUGCCUUAAAUAUUGGUCGGUGCACGAACGAUUUACUAUAGACAAUUGUUCUAAAAUUACCAUAUGCUGCCUUAAAUAGCGCUGAUCUGGAACAAACCUCUUUUUUCUAAUGUUGAUACUGCAUACUGUCAAACUGAUUGCACAUCAGAUACAUCGUACAUGGAUCAUGAGGUCCUGGAGCGUAUACUUGAUGGAAGAGAGAAGCCGACAAAUCUAUCACUUGCACUUUUGAAGGAUAUCACAGAAAAUUUCUCAGAUGAUCGAGAAAUCGGUCACGGUGGAUUUGCAACUGUUUAUAAGGGAGUGGUUCGUAAUGGGAACGUUGCUGUUAAAAGGAUAAGGAACAGUCAUUCAAUCAAUGAGACUUUAUUUUAUCGAGAAGUCGACAGCCUGUUGAACAUUAAACAUAAAAAUGUCGUACGCUUUCUUGGCUUCUGUGCUAGCACAGAUCAGAUAGCCAUACAAAUUGCAGGAUCAAAACGACAUAUUUAUGCUGAGGUAAGAGAAAGACUACUCUGUUUUGAGUAUAUCAGCAAUGGAAGUCUACAAAAGUAUGUUACUGAUGAAUUAAGAGGACUGGAAUGGAAUACACGCUAUGGAAUAAUUAGAGGAAUCUGUGAAGGUUUGCAUCAUCUGCACACGGAGAAGCACAUAUAUCAUAUGGAUUUGAAACCUGGCAAUAUACUACUAGAUAAUGAUAUGGUGCCGAAAAUCACAGAUUUCGGUUUAUCAAGACUUGAUGAAAAGUCAAAAACCAUGAGUGAAGACCGUCUCGGAUCACUAGGAUAUUGUGCUCCAGAGUACAUAUCUGAAGGGAAAAUGUCAUUCAAAUCAGACAUGUACAGUUUGGGCAAAAUAAUCAUUGAGCUAGUGACGGGAGGAAAGGAGAUCCUCAAUAAUAGCAACACU